AUGCUCGAAAAAGAAGUAAAAUUCCGGUUUACGACUACACAAAACCACCAACAAUUUCGUUUUAUGACUAUACCAAACCGACCACAAUUUCGUUUUAUACCAAACCGAUCACAAUUUCGUUUUAUGAUUACACAAAACCGCCCACGUGCUAAGAUUUCAAUUCACGAUCCAUUAUCAUUAACGAGCAGAUUGAGACAUGCUGUUCGUAAUUUACCACCUGAAGUGCUUCCAUUGAUAGUGGUUGUUACUGCAAGUGUCGGUGGUG